AUGGACCAACUCAAGGCCCUGAGAGUGGAUUUCAUAAUAUCUCAUCGGGAAGGGCCAGCCAAGGAAGAGGUGCAAAUGUACAAAAAGAAGGAUAGAAGUAACCCAGACUUUCUCCUGGAUGUUCUUACACAGGCAUUUGGGGAGAAACGUUCCAGCUCCCAAUUCCUAAAGCUCUUCUAUGGGCAGAAGCAGAAGGAAAGUGAAAAACUUCAAGCAUACUCGUAUUCCUCAAAUGAACUACUCAAGAAUGCCACAAAGGCAGAUCCAAAGGCAGUCCCUGACCCAGAGAAGACUCUGCGAGACCGUUUUGCUGACAAUGUGAGGGAUUCUUUUCUUUGA